AUGCAUACCGCGUUACGUUGGCUGCCAUUCUUGGCAAUUGGAGCUGCAGCCCAAUUGAAUGACAGCUUUGUCGACGCUUGCAGCCAAUUGCCAAACAUUAUCAAUAUCGACAAUGUUUAUGUCAAUUUCACGGAGUAUAUCGCCGCCAACAAUAGUAUUUCGCUCAAUGGUGUGCCAGCAGUGUGCGCUAAAACGGCACAACAGGUCGCAACCGAUUUGUGUCGUGUGUACAUGACGGUUGCUACAUCAAAUCGCAGCGGCUUGCGCCUGGAAGCCUGGCUUCCACGCGACUAUAAUGGUCGCUUCCUAAGCACAGGCAAUGGUGGUCUAGGGGGCUGUGUCCACUAUGAUGAUUUGGCCUUUGGUACUCAGUUCGGUUUCGCGACUGUCGGUGCAAAUAAUGGACACGACGGAGAUACUGGCCAGUACUUCCUCAACAAUGAAGACGUUCUGGAAGAUUUCGUAUACCGAUCUGUCGUUACCGGCGCUGAGCUCGGUAAGCAGGUCGUCGAUACCUUCUACGACCAAGGACACAACAAGUCCUACUACAUCGGUUGCUCUACAGGCGGAAGACAAGGCUACAAACUUGUACAGGACCACCCAGAUAUAUUUGAUGGAGUUUUGGCUGGUGCACCCGCCAUGAAUUUCGUCAAUCUCGGUACAUGGGGCCUUUAUCUGUACUCCUUGGCUGGCAAGAAGAAUUCGACGACCUUUUUGUCCACGGACCAGUGGGCUGCGGUCCACGAGGAGAUCAUUCGUCAAUGCGAUGCGAUCGAUGGCGCUGUCGAUGGAAUCAUCGAAGAUACUGACUUGUGCCAACCUAUAGCAGACGCGCUUGUCUGCAACUCUACCACAUCCAGUACCUCGUCCACUUGCCUCACUGGAGAGCAAGCCCGAGCGGUUAAUUCCAUAUACACAAACUUCUAUGGUCCGGAUGGCAAGUUAUACUACCCCCGAUUGAACCCGAGCGGAGAAUCCCAGGCACAGUACGUAUAUUUCAGUGGCACACCAUUGUUGUACUCUAGCGACUGGUACAAAUACGUGGUGUACAACGAUUCGACCUGGGAUCCAGAUUCCUGGACCGUCGCAGAUGCGAAGGUAGCGUUGGACCAAAACCCUUUCAACGUGCAAACCUUCAACGCAGACAUAUCUGCCUUCAGGGACGCCGGAGGGAAGCUUCUAUCGUACCACGGCACAUCUGAUGGUAUUAUCACCUCCGAUGAUACCAAGUUGUACUACCGAUCUGUGGUCGAGACUAUGAAUCUUUCGCCCUCCGAGCUUGACCAAUUUUAUCGUUUCUUCUCCAUCAGCGGCAUGGGCCACUGCGGCAAUGGUGAUGGUGCAUCUUACAUUGGCCAAGGUUACGCAACGUACCUAUCGAGCACCCCUGAGGACAACCUGCUCCUGGCCUUAGUGGAUUGGGUCGAGAAAGGCGCUGAGCCCGAGUACGUCAGAGGCGCCAAGGUAUCUGCUGAUGGUUUUACGCCUGAGUAUUUCCGCAAACACUGUCGUUAUCCUAGAAGGAAUAAGUAUGUUGGGCCUGGAAACUACACCGACGAGGAUUCCUGGUCCUGCGUGUAA